GGACGUACCCAGGCGUCCCGGACCAGUGAGCGGCGACCGGAGGAUCAAAAGCACUGCUGCUCCGUGGAGUCCACGCCCCCUUCCUCCGCUCCGCCGACAGCCUCUGCGCAGAGGAGCGUCUGUGGUUUCUGGAGAGCACCUAGCACCGCCACCGGGCUUCUGCUUCUGCCGGAGAUCCGGCCCAGGUUGACGAAGGCACGGUUUCCUGGUGAGCCAGCCCCCUCUCCCCUAGGCAACCCACACCCCGAGGGUCUGAAGAUGCUGAGAUCAAUGUGGAAUUUUCUGAAACGUCACAAAAAGAAAUGCAUCUUCCUGGGCACAGUUCUUGGAGGAGUAUAUAUCCUGGGAAAAUAUGGGCAGAAAAAAAUUAGAGAAAUACAAGAAAGAGAAGCUGCAGAAUACAUUGCCCAAGCUCGGCGACAGUACCAUUUUGAAAGUAACCAGAGGACUUGCAACAUGACGGUGCUGUCCAUGCUGCCCACGCUGAGAGAGGCCUUAAUGCAGCAACUCAAUUCCGAGAGUCUGACAGCUUUGUUGAAAAACAGACCUUCAAACAAGCUGGAAAUAUGGGAAGACCUAAAGAUAAUAAGUUUCACAAGAAGCAUUGUAGCUGUGUAUAGCACGUGUAUGCUGGUGGUUCUUUUGCGAGUCCAGCUAAACAUAAUUGGUGGAUAUAUUUACCUGGAUAAUGCAACCGUUGGCAAAAAUGGCACUACAGUCCUUGCUCCCCCAGAUGUACAGCAGCAGUAUUUGUCAAGUAUUCAACACCUCCUUGGAGAUGGCCUGACAGAAUUGGUCACUGUCAUUAAACAAGCUGUACAGAAGAUUUUAGGAAGUGUUUCUCUUAAACAGUCAUUGUCCCUUUUGGACUUGGAGCAAAAGCUAAAAGAAAUCAGAAUUCUUGUGGAGCAACAUAGGUCUCCUUCCUGGAUUGAUAAAGAUGGAUCCAAGUCUUCACUGUGCCAAUACAUGAUGCCAGAUGAAGAAACACCAUUAGCAGCUCAGGCCUAUGGGCUUUCUCCGAGAGAUAUUACCACUCUUAAACUCCUCAAUGAGACAAGAGACAUGUUGGAAAGUCCAGAUUUUAGUACAGUUUUGAAUACCUGCUUAAACAGAGGCUUCAGUCGGCUUCUAGACAACAUGGCAGAAUUCUUUCGGCCCACUGAACAGGACCUGCAACAUGGUAACUCCAUAAAUAGUCUGUCCAGUGUCAGCCUGCCUUUAGCUAAGAUAAUCCCCAUAGUAAACGGACAGAUCCAUUCAGUUUGCAGUGAAACGCCUAGUCAUUUCGUGCAGGAUCUUUUGAUGAUGGAGCAAGUAAAAGACUUUGCUGCUAAUGUGUAUGAAGCUUUUAGUACCCCCCAACAACUGGAGAAAUGAUUUUUCCUUUCAAGAAAAGCUAAAGCGGGAUUCAUCUACAUUGAAAAGUACUCUGAAUAAAUCACCUAUACCAAGAGUGACAAUUUGCAACCAAAAAUGCCUAAUAAAAUAUAUUCUUAAGCAAAGUCUUCAUUUCAUAAGGAAGUAGAUUCAUUUGGCACCUUAUUGUAUUUUUAAUUCAUCAGUAGUGUACUUCAUCAGGUGUAUCUAAUUGGUGCACAAAUUACAAACCCCAGGAUCAUUCAUGAUCUGUUACAACCUGGAUAGCUGAUCCAAACAAAGUAGAUAGUUUUAUAUGUACAUGUAAUGGAAUGUGGUGUCCUUUCACACAUAUAAUGAGGGAAAAUCUGUUUUGAAAAGUAGAUCUAGGAUGUAUGGACUCUGAAAAUAUAAUGUUUAACUAAUCAUGAAGUUUCCUGGACUUUGAAGUAAGUAAAAGCCAGAUUCUCUCCAGUCACAUGAUUUGUCCCACACACCUUGACAGAGGGCUUAUCUUCUAGAAAUCAGUGAACUUUAAAACCUCUGAUCAACUAUUUUUUUUCUUUGCUAUUUUUUCUUCAAUAUUUAUUUGCAGCAUUUUCUAAAGCUUUCUUAGCAACCCUCAGAAAGUUGCAUAUAGAUUUAUAGGCUAAUGUUAUGUUCAUGUUUACUCACAAUUAUUAAUUACAGAGUUUUAUUCAUUUGUGUAUAAAUAAUUUGAAUAACUUUGUAUUGAUUUUGAGUACAAUAACUUGUUGCAAUAAACUAUUUUAAUAAAAUAUAGUUUUGUUCAGUUAAUACUUUGCAGCCAUUAAUUUAUUUGUUAUUUAGUAAUAUUUUUGCUGUUUUUUUUUUUAAGAGAGCAUGCUAGUUUUAAGUCUCAAGUGGUAUAUAGUUGGUGCUUUCUUCUAACUUGUUUUAUUUUUCUUUCAGAAAAAAAUGUAAAUAAAAGUAAAUUAUUCCUUGUCGCUA